AUGUGUGCUAAAAAAGUCGCCGGUGUCCUAGGCGCGACCGGUUCCGUCGGACAAAGAUUCAUUCUGCUGCUCGCUGACCAUCCAGACUUCGAACUCAAGGUACUAGGUGCAUCGCCACGUUCUGCGGGCAAGAGGUACGUAGACGCAGUCAACUGGAAGCAGACAAACCUGCUUCCAGAGUUUGCGAAGGAUAUCCUGGUCACCGCGUGCAACGCCGAGGCGUUCAAAGACUGCGACGUCGUUUUUUCCGGUCUCGACGCCGACUACGCGGGCCCAAUCGAGAAGGAAUUCGUCGAGGCUGGUCUGAGUGUGGUCUCCAACGCGAAAAACUACCGCCGCCAAACGGACGUGCCGUUGGUGGUGCCUAUCGUCAACCCAGAGCACUUGGAACUGGUGGGCGAAAAACUCGCUGCUGCUAAGCAGCAGGGCAAAGACAGACCCGGUUUCAUUGUGUGCAUCUCCAACUGCUCGACCGCGGGGCUCGUGGCGCCUUUGAAGCCUUUGGUCGAGAAAUUCGGUCCCAUCGACGCCUUGACCACAACCACUUUGCAAGCCAUCUCUGGUGCCGGGUUCUCCCCCGGUGUCCCCGGCAUGGACAUCCUGGACAACAUCGUGCCUUACAUCGGCGGCGAGGAGGACAAGAUGGAGUGGGAAACAAAGAAGAUCUUGGGUGCGAUCGCCAAGGACAAGCGCAGCAUAGAUCUGCUAUCUGACGACGAGAUCAAGGUCUCCGCGCAGUGCAACAGAGUCCCUGUCACCGACGGGCACACGGAGUGCAUUUCUUUGAGAUUCAAGAACAGACCUGCCCCUUCUGUCGACCAAGUCAAGCAGUGUCUCAGAGACUACGUGUGCGACGCGGCAAAGCUGCAAUGUUACUCGGCUCCUAAACAGACCAUCCACGUGCUAGAGCAGAACGACAGACCUCAGCCAAGACUCGACAGGGAUAGAGACAGUGGCUAUGGUGUCAGCGUGGGACGUGUCAGAGAAGACCCGGUCUUGGAUUUCAAGAUGGUCGUCCUUUCUCACAACACCGUUAUCGGUGCUGCCGGCGCCGGUAUAUUGAUUGCUGAGAUUCUACUGGCGAAAAACUACAUCUAG